CACAUGACCAGCGCUCAGUGGUCAUGUGACGUGGUGACGAAGCGCCGUCACUAGUACUGCGUCUCUAUGCUGCCUCCUCUUGCUGUUGUCUCUCUGUCUUCAUACCUGUAGCUAUUUUGGAGGUGGUUUGAAACGGAGAGAUGAACAGUGAGAACUUCGCCCUGAGUGAGAAGCUCGUGUCGUCCUCCUACAUUCGACAGGGGUCUCAGGCACGACGCAGCCACGAGCAGCUCAUUAGACACUUACUGGAGCAGGGUAAGUGUCCUGAGGACGGCUGGAGCGAGAGCACUGUGGAGCUCUUCUUGAAUGAGCUGGCUGUGAUGGACAGCAAUAACUUUCUCAGCAACUGUGGAGUCGGGGAGAGGGAGGGCCGGGUGGCCUCCAGCCUGGUGGCACGACGACACUACAGGUUGAUCCAUGGCAUCGGUCGGUCCGGUGACAUCGCUGCCGUUCAGCCCAAAGCUGCAGGCUCCAGUCUGCUUAACAAGCUGACCAACUCAGUUGUGUUAGACAUCUUGAAACUUGCAGGUGUUCGGAGUGUGGCGACCUGCUUCGUCGUUCCCAUGGCAACAGGGAUGAGCUUGACUCUGUGCUUCCUGACCCUUCGUCAUCGGAGACCCAAGGCUCGCUAUAUCAUUUGGCCUCGCAUCGAUCAGAAGUCCUGUUUCAAAUCCAUGAUCACAGCAGGGUUUGAACCGGUGGUGGUGGAGAACGCUCUUGAAGGAGAUGAGCUGCGGACAAACUUGGAAGCAGUCGAACGUAAGAUAGAGGAGCUUGGAGCCGAGAACAUCCUGUGUGUUCAUUCGACAACAUCCUGCUUCGCCCCACGAGUCCCUGACAGGCUUGAAGAGCUGGCUGCUAUGUGUGCCAAAUAUAAUAUUCCCCACAUAGUUAACAAUGCAUACGGAGUGCAGUCGACCAAAUGCAUGCACCUUAUACAACAGGGGGCCCGUGUGGGGAGAAUUGAUGCCUUUGUACAAAGCUUGGACAAGAACUUUAUGGUCCCAGUAGGUGGCGCCAUUAUCGCAGGCUUUGAUGAGUCCUUCAUACAGGAGAUAAGCCAGAUGUACCCAGGUCGAGCAUCGGCCUCACCCUCCCUCGACGUCCUCAUUACGCUUCUCACUCUGGGAGCCAACGGCUACAAGAAACUCUUGUCAGAACGAAAGGAGAUUUAUUCGUUCCUGGCUCAGGAGCUGAAGACUCUGGCCUCUGCACAUGGGGAGAGAUUGCUUCACACCCCACAUAACCCCAUUUCACUUGCCAUGUCUCUGGAUGGUCUCCAGGCCCAGAGUGAGAAGGCAGUGACACAGCUGGGCUCAAUGCUGUUCACCCGGCAAGUGUCAGGAGCCAGGGUAGUGCCUCUGGGCAAGGAGCAGGUCAUCAGCGGGUACACGUUCCACGGCUUCAUGUCGCACUCUGAGGCGUACCCCUGCCCCUACCUCAACACCGCCUCAGCUGUGGGCAUCACUCGGGAAGACGUCACUCUGUGCAUGAAACGGCUCGACAAAUGCUUGAAGACUCUGAAGAAAGAGCAAAGUGCGGUUACAGGUGGUUCCCCGGUGCCCCCAGCGAGCCAGGAGGACGCUCCUGGAGAAUGACUCAAAUAGGAACAUUUCAGUCGGCAAAGUGAAUUCUGUUUAGCCUGAGCUCUCUGCUGCCUGCACUUCAUUUUCAUUUUAUACAAACUGCUUUGAAUGGUACUUGCUGUCAGAUUAUCAGUCCCGACACUAAGAGACUCAGAGUUUCACUCAGCACCGACAGCUGGUGAUGAAACUGUGUGCAGGUGGUCAUUAAACACAACAAGGACACAGGCUGGUGUUGCUGAUUAAUGCCCUGCUCUGUGAAGGUGUGCUAAUUAGUAGGUACUGAAAGAGCAAAUGCAUCUCAGGACCAGAUGUUGCAUACAAGCCACUGAUCUAAGUUGGAUCCAAGCAUCUGCAACGCUGCUUUACUUAAUUUCCAGAAGUGCUGCUUAAUGGUAACUGGACUUGGAUGAGUGGAAUUAAAACUAGAUUAUGGAUCUCUCAUUUACAACAUUCUUUACUCCUCGCGUGUCAUUUUUCCUAAUGAAAGCCUCACGUAGCCUCUUUACUGGAUACAGUAUUCUAUAAGGUAGCCAGUCUUUCAGUUUGAAAUCAUCUGUGGUUCAUCUUUUCUUUGCUAAUACCAGACAGUCUGUUUCAUUCUGUUUUGAGAAGACAUCAGGACUGUUUUUCAUUCCCUGAUAUAUGAAAUGAUACAGCUUUAUAGUGUAGUAUGUUGUGCCAUCCUCUGCAGUGUACCGUAACGUGAUACGACUGCUGUUGAUCCGUUAACUCAAUUUGAAGCCUGCGUGUUGGAUGAGCUCCUGUUUUCUCAGGCUCGAUAGUGAGUAACAGCUAUUCAGUGCAGUACAUCAAACACAGAUAACUUGUGUGUUAAGUGUGGAAAAUGUUGGCGUCUGUGCAGCUGUUAACGUUCAUACUGUAUUGUACUGUUAAACAAUGGAAGAUGAAUUUGGAUUUCAGUAGGAACCACAGCAGGGAGUUUAUCUUGAAUCAGACAAGGUGAAGUUUUUCUUAGGUCUUUUGUCUUAAUUCCCGGCUCUUCAGUCUCGCUCAUUAAGAAGCAGAGCAGGUAAUGCCCCGAGGCCCAAAAAAGACUCCCACUAAAGCCUCUCUGGCUGAUGACUAAUCUACAUGUCGAUACUGCACUGUCUGAGUUCUCCCUGUGCCCUCCUCUUCCUCUGCUGCAGAUUGUCAGGGCUGAUUAUCUGUGAAAAGUAUAUGCUACCAUGUUCUGGAGUUCUAACACUUGGGUAUGGAUCAGAACUGGAAGUACAGACCUUGGUGUUUCUGUGCUGGGCCCAGGUGUGCUUGGAUAAGGCAGUGUACACACUGAGCACGUGUUGGUUUUUCUCCUGCAGUUAGAAAUGCAAGUCAGAAUAGAUGUGUAGCACGAGCAGAACCAAUCCGCCCAGCAGCCUUUUGAAAGUGGGCUGGAGUUGGAUAAGGGUGCAGCGUCAGCACUUUUUCCACCGUUCCCCAGCUGUACUGAGCCUUUAACAAACUCCGGUGGAAAAACACCGUGCACUGUGGCAGAGCUGGAACGGCGCAGCACGCUGACAAGCAGAAGUGGCUUUAAUGGAAGAGCUGCUUUGUAAUGCUGCACUUCAUCAGCUGCAGUAUUUGGUUCACAUGAACAAAUGUAUCACCGUCUUAAUGUGCAGAGAUGUUAAACACGUCUUCUUGUCCAGUCUCAAACCCUACCUGUCACCAUUUUGCUGUGUUUGAUCUUUGCUGAGGUUGCAGAGAUACUGUGGGGACAGACAGAGUCAUGUCAUUUAAUUUUUGUGCUGGACAGGUUUAAGUGAUCCCCCUUUAUUGAUCAAACCUGGGCUACGAUGGAGAAACACUGCACAUGGUAUUAUGUUUUGUUUAUAAGAUCAGGUGAUUGAUUGUGUUUUCUUAUGUUUAAAUGACAGAAGAUGCUUGCUGCCUCUGGUUUCCCUCUGUGUCUGUUUACCUUCAUCCAUCCUCACCAAAAUAGACCGCCUUUAAAACUGCUCUUCACACACACAAUCCUAAGUUGAAGUACUGCAGGAAUAUUGGUUGCAUGACAAAUGACUCUCAGCAGCUGCCAGGUAAAGUUCAGUAGUGACAGAGGCCACGGUUCAGGAGCCGGGUACCAAACUACCUCCACAGUCAUGGAUCACAAGUAGAGACAUCACUGUGGCUGGUUUAUAUUGUAAGAACCAACCUGCUGCUGCAACCAUGCCAAUGAAAUCAGCCUUGUCAGCUUCUGAAUUAUGCAGUAGUACGGACCUGGGCUCAUUAUGAGCUUACUGUAAACUUUAAAGUUUCUCAACUAGUCCCAUUAUUAAAUGCAGGUCUGCAGGACUAGCCAAGCAACAGUCUGCACCCCCUGUGCAAAGAUCCUUUGUGAACCUAUGAUCUCCAGUAGCACCUGACGUAUCAAAGAACAAACUAAAACCGGAUACUGUAGGCCCGAUGUGUGAUAGGAAAUGAAAACGAAACUGAGAAAUCAUUCACCACACUGACAACUUUUUGUUUUCACUCAUGAUUUAAAAGAAAAGGUUCACAUGUGGGUUAUGCAUGUUACAACCAAAAUGAAGGAGUUUCUACUUUGCUUCUCUUUUAUUC